ACUUCGCCCUGGCCCCUCCCCCGGCGCAGAGGCCCCGCGCUCCCUCCUGCCGCCGUCGCCAUGGCCGCCGCGGGGCCGGGCCGGCUCCUGCGGGCCGCCGCUUCCGUCCGCCGAUUGCUCUUCUCUGCCUCGCCAGCAGCCGGAACGAGGCCGGGCUGCUGCAGCGCCGCCGCUGCCGUGAGGGCAGCCCGGCUGUUCAGCCUAUCUGCCCGGGCGGUGCUCAGCUCAGAAGAUAAAAUAACUGUUCAUUUCAUAAAUCGUGAUGGUGACAAACUAACAGCCAAAGGAAAACCUGGGGAUUCACUGCUGGAUGUUGUUGUUGAUAAUAAUCUAGAUAUAGAUGGUUUUGGUGCAUGUGAAGGAACGCUAGCCUGUUCAACUUGUCAUUUAAUCUUUGAAGACCACAUAUUUGAGAAACUAGAUGCAAUUACUGAUGAAGAGAUGGACAUGCUGGACCUGGCAUAUGGCCUCACAGAAACAUCACGUUUAGGCUGCCAAAUCUGCUUGAAGAAAUCAAUGGAUGAUAUGACUGUUCGAGUACCAGAAGCUGUUGCUGAUGCUAGACAAUCAGUAGAUAUGAGUAAAAACUCCUAAAAGAAAAUAUCUUAGGGGUUUUAAAAAAGCUUAAUUAUUUUUAUAACUUAUUUUUAAAUGAUUAAUUAAAUAUGGAAACUUACAUAAUUGUGAGUUAUUUUAUAUGACUAUCAAUAUUAGAUUAAUGCUAUUUUAAUUUUCUUUAUAGAACCUCCUAUAUUUUUACGCUUAAAAUGCAAUAAUACUUCUUAUAACUGAUCAUUGGAUUCUAAACUUUGGCAAGUGUAUUGCAGAUUUCAUAUAAUGUUAUUCUGCCAAAACCUUUAACGACAUUUGAAAACUAGAUCACUUCUACAGGACUCCUAAAAACCCCAUGGCAUUUCUAGGCUUCAGACCUGGAUAUGUAACAGAACAAAAAUUGUAAGACUGCAUGGGGUUGUCUUAAAGUGUUGCCAUUAAAGAUGGUAUGCUCAGAGCUGCUUCACGUUCUCAGUAAAUAUGAUACUUCCUCAGCAAAUAGUGGAUUUUCAGGGUAGGGAUUUUCCAAACUUUGGAAUCUUAAUGAGAUGUGGCAAAUUUUGCCUUGCAAAAAUACUCUUGAAACCAUGAAAUCUAGGGGCUGGUACAGAAUGUUGGCACCUGCAGCUUAAUUACUGGAGCGCAUCUCUGUUGCCCAAAUGAGAAGUCAACAAACCUCAACUGUAUUUAUGUUUGACUACACCACAAAUACGGGGAUACACAUGGCUUAGAAGUGUCAAGCCUUGGAGCCGUCUAAUGGCAGAGCAUAACCACUGGAGGUAGAUGUAAAUUCUUGUCGUUCCCUGAAGGUGGCUGAGUUUGAAGAGGGCAAUGUUUGUCAACAUAGGAUUUGUUCUGAAAUCUUUAUCCCUUACUUUUUUAGCUUUGAGCUUGUUCAGGAGACCGUCUGAUGUUAGCUAGGGCAUUCAGCUUGAAGAGAUUCCUAGAUUCUGGGCCUUGCUCUCAGGAUCAUUUCAGUAGUGUUUGAUGUGAAAUGACCAAGUAUAUUUAUUCCAUAAAGAUGGACUACUAGGUUCCCCCAAAGUGGUAGGGACACCCCGGUGGUGGGGUAGCAUGUGAACUGAUGAUGAGCUUUCAGCUGGAUCUUGUUUUAUUUCUAAAGUAGACCAAAAUAAAAUAAUGUCUCUAUGGCUCUUUA